AUGAGUGUCAUAGGUUUUCGCAGGGCACCAGUUCACCAGCCAUUGGCUAGCCAGGCCGAUCACUUCAACAAGAAGCCCGCUGCUCUGCCUACAAAUCACGCAUACCAAGAUGGCAAAACUUUGCGUGUUCCUAUUGAUGCCGUGGCCACCGAGGAGCUUCUGGAUAAAUGGAUGAAUCAAGCGGUCUCAGGAUUAAUGGCUGCUGUUACGUCAUCUCGGCUGGACCAAAUGGAUUUAGACGAUCGCGAAGAGGUGCAUCGUUGCUCGAAAAGUGCCAGUACCGUACCAGAACAUGCAAAAUGUGUCGUUAAAGUGCUUGACAAAACGAGACCAGUGAGGAAAGCGAAGAUUAUUGAGGGAAAACCCAUACUCAAAAAGAAAAAGAUAAUGGGCACAACGACGAAGCGCGUGAAGAGUAGAGCAAAGAAGAAAUUACAAUUAAAGAUGAUAAUGAACAGUCAAAGAUACAAAAAUAGCAAAAGGGUGCCUAGCAAAUGGUUUGGAAGCGCAAGGACGAUUAGAACGAAAAGAGCCGUACAGAACAAAAUCUACAAAUUCCAGAUUGUAAGUCGUUCUUCUUAUACGAUACCCACACCGGAUGAUGACACAAUUUUCUCAAGAAUAGCGAAGCAACUGACAAAAACUGUGAGAAAAUUCAAGAAUAAAGAAGGAUUUGAAGGCUGGCGCGAUGCCAUCCAACGGAUCAAGAAGGUCAAAAAGGAAGUGAGCCAAGAGAAAAAACAUCGUCUUGCUCUAAAGAAGAGGCUAAGGCAGAUGAUUGACAACACUCCAGAUGAGUUUCAGGACCCGAGGAAGCCACUGGCAAUGAAGGCUAUGGACAUAGAAGAUGAGCGAACUUACGAACAAAAGAAAAUGGUUAAGAAGAAACGCGAGGAAAUAAGAAUCCCAAUGAGGCUUGUGCGAGAGUCCAUUAAGAUGGCUCUGAUGGCUGCUGGUAAAAAUGUGACCAACUUUGACAAGAAGACGCUGAAGCUUAUUUCACCGAGAUUUUUGAGUGUGGUACCCGAGCAAGAUGAUCAAGAUUUGUUCAAUCUCCUCUCUCCCUCGCUCUUCUCAUUACAUCAGGAUGGCGGAGAGUUUGAAAAGGCCAUGUCACUGCCCCAUCUCCUAAAGCAGCUCCCAAGCAAGGACCAAGAAGCCUGGAUGGAUUUUAUCGUAGAGGCAGCAGGAGUUUCUGAUGCUGUAGAAAUAGUUGAGAAAAAGCACAAAGAACAACGUGAGAAGGAAAUGCGUAGUGAAGAUGGUACACCGCUUUACUUCACCAAGAAGAAUGUGACUGAAAUCUUUGGAGAUGUGGAAAAACGAAAAAUAGAGACCUUCGAAGCGCUUGACAAAAGUUAUACUCCUGAACAGAAACACGACUUGGAUAAGCUGGGAUAUGCUUUUCUCAACAGUAAACAGCUGGACGUAGUCUAUGGUGAAAAUUCUCCAUACAAUAAGACGGAUUCUCUUAAAAUGUUCAAGAGAAUGAGGCGAUUAAGGGAUGAUCCACACAGUGUGGUGGAGCACGACAUUCGUUUACUGGCGGAAGCGGAAAAAUUCCGCGUACGACAGAAGGAUAUUGUUUCCUCACCUUUUGUGCUCACACCUCUGACAUUCGCAAGUACGCCGCUGUCAAAUGCCUUUGUUGUGCUAUCUCCCCUAGUCCUGUCACCCAUCACACUUUCCCCGGCCGUGCUUGGUCCUAUCAUUCUCUCUCCUUGGGUGUUUGUACCACUCGUGCUUUCGCCUCGUGUUUUGGCACCUCUCAUUGUCAAUCCUAUCAUAUUUUCUCCAAUCAUACUUUCACCUCUUGUACUCCAUCCGUUAAUCCUUGUCCCUGGCAUAUUCAACCCCCUUGUACUUUCGCCCCUAGUGCUUUCUCCACUUAUCCUAUCACCACAAGUGUUCACACCACUGAUUUUGUCACCCAUGGUUCUCAAUCCACUCAUCCUCACCCCUAUGGCUGGAUCUCCUUUGAUUCUGUCACCUUUCGUGCUUUCACCGAUCAUCUACUCUCCUCAAUUUCUCUUUGCUCUUGUGCUUUCACCGUAUGCACUUUCUCCUUUGGUAGAGUCAAAACUAAUUGCUUCCGAGUAUCAAAUUACAGUAUCCGUGCGAUGCGCUAUAAAUGGUUACGACGAUGUGGAGAUCGAUGUCAAAAAUUCACCUUACUAUAAAAAUGGAGUCUUCAAUGUUCCUAUGACAGAAGAAAGUGGCAACGAACUUUAUCAGCAUUGGGUGGACCAAGCUUUCAGUAGCUUGAUGGCAGCUGUAGCAACAGAAAGACUGCCUAAGGUAUCCACCACAGAAAAAGAAAAGCACUAUAAAUGCGCCAAGAAAGCUGAUGACGUAGAAACACAUGCCAAAUGCGUCAGUAUGCUUCUUGAAGCCCAUGCUGAAGAAGCAAAACAAACUCGUUGGGCAAAAUUAUUUGGCAAGAGGCGGGUCGCCAACAGAAAACUUCGGCGAAAAUCUAUUGCUCCAAAAUUCUCAAGCAAACCUAGGAAAUCAGUAAAAAUUGGCUUCAAAAAGCUGAUAAGGAAAAAGUCAAAGAAGAAGUCUGGAAGAAAGAAGAAAGAUCAAAGAAGAAGUGGAUUCCGCACGUCGCGACACAAAAGAGAAGUCAUCAACCGUAGCACCUAUAAUCUGACGGAUGAGAGGGACAGAACACCAUUUGGACAAAUCGCCAAACAUCUAACCAAGACUAUUCGCGUUCUGAAAAACAAGAGAACUCAUAAAAACUGGCAGUCUGUAGUAUCGGAAAUCAAAAAAGAGGCGGAUGAGAUGGAGAACAAACGAAGAGCUGAAGAAGUUAUCAAGAAGCGAAUAAAGUUUUUCUCCAAGUCUGCAGUAGAUUAUGGAAAAAGAACGAAUAAGUACAAAAAAUUGGGAAAGCUCAGGCGAUUGGAUGAGCUCGAAAAAGCACUUCAGCCGGAACGCUAUACUCAAAUGGAUUAUUUGAAGAGAGAAUAUAAAAAGAAGCAAAAACGACUAACACCAAUGGAAAAAGCAAUAUACGAACCUAUCAAAAUGGUCAGAAGUGAGAAAUCCAUAAGAAUGAUUAGUCCUCGUAUGAUGAGUCUUGUACCGGAAGAUGAGAAUGCUACUAGCAAUGAGGUAAAUCUGCUGUCACCAUCACUGUUCUCGCUUCAUGGGAAAGGAAAAGGUGUUGAAAAAAUGACAUCGCUAACAACUUUAUUGAACAGCACGGGACUUUUGAAAGAGCAAGAUCAACAUGAAUGGAUGGACUUCAUUAUCGAAACAUCAGGUGCUGGUGAUGCAAUCGAAAAAGCCAAGGUCAGAAAACAGAAAGAAGCAGCCAAGACAGACAUAACAAAAGUUCGUGGACCCGAUGGGCAACCCAUCUAUCUCACCAAGGAAAAUGUCACGAAAAUUUAUGGCAAACAUGAAGCAUCAAAAAUUGAGCUAUUCGAACGUCUUCAAAAGAGCUUCACUCCGGAACAGCUGCAACAAAUGAACAGUACCGGUUAUGCGGUGCUUUCACCGCAGCAAAGGGAACUCGUCUACGGUGCGAGCUCUCCUUUGAAUAAUUCUAUGGCUUUACAUGGAAUGCGCAACGUAACAGAGGAGAAUGCACAUCGCGCUGUUAGGGAUACGGUACGUCAUGUGGCUGCGGGAAAGUUACGGUACGAAGUACACGGUGGCGUCGUCAAGUUAAAUGUUGUGCAAUCACGUCGUCAGAAGCGUGAAGCAAUUGUGCUGUCUCCUUUAAGUAAUGUGCUAAUUCUGAAUGAUCCUGAACUGGCCAGUUCGCAGAUAAUCCUAUCGCCUGUACAAUUUUCUGCGCUAAUCAACUCUCCGGCUGUAUUUGGAGCUAUAGUCCUGUCCCCGUGGCUAUUCAUUCCUGUUAUUCUCUCUCCCCGUUUACUUUCUCCUGUAAUCCUAACGCCUUUCGCAUUUGUACCUAUCAUUCUCAGUCCUUUAGCUCUAGUGCCAAUUAUUCUCUCCCCUGGAAUUAUGAAUCCCUUUGUACUGUCCCCCCUAGUCUUAUCCCCAUUUAUUUUAUCGCCCCAGGUUAUGACUCCCCUAAUUUUGUCACCGUUCGCUUUGAAUCCUUUUAUAGGCACACCAAAUGUGCUCUCACCGCUGAUUCUUUCACCAUUUGUCCUGUCACCUUUGAUUUUUUCACCAGCCUAUGUGUCGGCUUUGGUUUUGUCACCGUAUGCUUUCUCACCCGUCUUGAACUCUACUGGUGCUAUAUUUACUUCCGUUGCUUCGCCAAGCUUUUUGAGUUAG